AUGGACUUCCACAGCCAGCUUCCCGACCGGGACCCACGUCCAACCCUUCAAGUCAUCACCGCUUAUCCUCCCCAGUCACAAAUAUCAAACUACUCCUACCCCUUGUCAGGAACAUCGCCGGGCCGCGAGUCUGUUGGGUCCGACAUCUCAUCUGUGCCGAGCAUGAUCGAAGACCAUGGCUCUGACAUCUCUACCGAAGAUGAAUACCAGUACCACCACACUUCCAGGUCUGGGGGGCUAUGGAACUGUUUUUGGAACAACACCCAAGGACAAGAGAAGGAUCUCCAGACGACAAACACUCCAGCACGGCCCAUCAGCCAUCAUGCUGGGACCAGCACAGCCGACAGCACACCAGAGAGGAAGAAGACCAUCAGACCGAUUCUGGCAUCAUUACGGCCGGAUAGCGGCUUCGCCCAGGGUGAUAAUAACCAAUGGCCUCUGACUCCUCCAUAUACCAGUCACAGUCACCACCAGGUGCCUCGGACAUUCAACAAGCCCCCUCCCGCCUCGACUUACUCACUCUUCCCGCCAACGCCGCCGUCUGACACUCAAUAUUCUUCUUCGGUGCCACCACCACCUCGGAGAUCAUCUUUGGCCCGGCCAUGGACCUCGGACACCUUGCGACUGUCGGAGCAAACCCCACCACAGAAGCAGCGACCUCCAGUAGGAGUGAUGUGCAGCAGGAGGUCGAGCAUCGGUAGGAAAAGGAAACUGGGGGGCGAGCCGCUGCCUGUGGUGACCACCAUCUGUUCACCUAGCCCCAGGUCGCUGACGACAACAUCGACAACAACCGCAAGCCUGGUCUUCCGAGCAAGGCCAUCUAUCAUCCCUGUCCCCUCUUCCACAAGCAAUUUAUCACACCAUCAGAUGGCUUCUGCCCCCUACCACGCAGAGUCUUCUUCUUAUCUUCAACCGUACCUCACCCCAACCGAGUUCCGUCGCCCAUCACUCACCAAUCUGCGUCAUAACUCCCGCGGUCCGGUCUUUCCCAGGCCCCCUAGCAGCAGCAGGGUGUACCAACAGCAACAACCAGAACAGACAAGGGCAUCUCAGCAACAGCAAAAAAAGCUAGAAGAGCGCCUACUACCGCCCCUCCCGCUCAACCAACGACCACAACGACCUCCUCGAUCAUCACCCCCUCACCAGUAG